AUGAAAACAAAUGAUGAACUUUUAAGAAAAGAAGAAGAAGAAAUUUCCAAAACAAUAGCUUUAUCCUUACAAGAAUAUCAUGCUUCUCAAAAUAAGAAUACAGAUAAGAACUAUGAAGUUGAUGAUGAAAAUGAUGAACUAUUACAAGAGGCAAUACGACUUUCCAUUUUAGGUUCGAAUAAAAAAGAGAUGAAUAGAAAUGAUUGUAAUGAUAGUUAUCAUGAUGUAGUUCGAAAGAAUUUUGAUAGUAUAACUUAUUAUUUAUGCAAUAAUUAUGAGAAUACUAAAAAUAAAAAUGAUGUAAUAGAUAAUAAGACAUUUUGGAAAGAGAUAUAUAAGAAUUAUAAGAAUAUAUAUAUAAUAAUAAGAGAUUAUAUGAUAAAUUUAACUAAAAGAAGUGAGAAAAUGAAUGAAGAAGGUAGUGAUUCCACAUCAAGUAGAGAUGAUUAUGAUAGUGAUGAUUCAAGUGAUUAUAGUAAUUCUUCUUCUUUAUCAUGUUGUUCAUUAGAACAUAUUAAGAGAACUUACAGAAAUAUAAAUUAUACCACUAAAGAUUAUUGCCGAUGGCUAAGAAAGGGUCAUCGAAGUAAAGCAUUAAAUGAUCAUGUAUAUUUAAAUUAUUUAUUAAGAGAAAUGAAGAUAUUAGAAGAUAGUACUUCUAUUCAUAAUUUAGUUUUUGGUGUGAAUAAUUAUAAAUAUUCUAAUAAGAUAGAUAUAAAAAAAUGGUGUAAUCAUAGUAUUUCAUUUUAUGAAAAUAAAAAUAUAAAUUUUGGACUUCGUCAAUUUUUAAGUGGCCCAUGUGGUCUUAUAUCAAGUAUACAAGGAUACAUAAUAAUUAUUUUAUUAUUUAAUUAUAAAUAUCAUUUUUUAUGGGAAAAUAACUAUUUCAAUAUUUUAAAAACGAAUAACGAUUUUUUGAAUUUUAAAAAUUCUUCAAAAAUGGGUUAUAAAGAGGCUGAGGGAGGAAACACCAAAUUGAGGAAUAAUAUAUAUAGUGAGAACAAUAAUUGUGUGAAUAAUAAUAAACAAGGUGAUGAUAUGAAUGGACUAGAUUUAUAUAAAGAGAAAAAUGAUGGAUGUGGUGUUACACUAAAUAAAGAAGAUAACAAUAAGGAUAAUAAAAAUGAAAAUAAUGAUGAUAAAAUGAAUAAUAAUGAUGAUUAUCGUAAUCAUCUUGAGAAUCAUAAACAGGAUGAUAUUACGCAUAAUAAAAAAAAAAAUAGGAAUAAUAUUAUUAAUGAAAAAAAUGAUACAAAUGAUAAUAAUAUUAAUAAUAAUGAUGAUAAUGAUAGUAAUAAUAAUGAUGGUGAUGAUAGUAAUUAUGAUAGUGAUAAUCAUAAGAAUAAUAAUAGUAAUAACCGUAAUAGGAGAAAUUCUUUUUCAAAUGAGGAGAAAAAUAAAGAUAAAAUAUAUGGAGAAGGUUAUGAUAAUGAAUUUUUAGAAUUAGUACGUGACAAUAUUAAAGAUUUAAAAUAUUAUGCAUUAGUUGAAUCUUUAGCAUAUAUAUUAUAUCAGUGUACGGAUAAGUCAUAUUAUAUCGUAGCAUUUUUAUUACCCGAAUGCUAUGAUUAUCCUUAUUAUAUGAAUAAAAGAAAUUGUGAUGAAAAUUUAGUAAGAGAUUUAAAAAGAAUUACUAUAUAUUAUAAAGAGUUUAAUGCUAUAAAAGAUGUAGUCAGAUUUUAUUUAGAGAAUUUUAUAAUAUUUUCAAGUUCUACUGGUGUAAUAUCCUUUUUAUAUUCUGUAAUAUUAACAAGAGGAUUACAUAAUGUAAAGAAUGAUAUGGAUGAUAUUAAUCACCCUUUAAUUGGUAUAUAUGGGCAUUGUUCACAAGAGUUAGUUAAUUUAUUAUUAACAGGUAGAGCAUGCUCAAAUGUUUUUGAUAAUAAUAGUAUAAUAAAUACAUUUUGUAAUACUGAUGUAGAUAUAAGUAUGUAUGAAGGAGUAAAUUCAAAAAGUUGUAGUCCUAAUAAAGGAUCAUUAUCAUAUAAUAAAAAUGAUAGUAUUAAUAAUAAUAAUAGUAGUGGUAAUAAUAAUAGUAGUGGUAAUAAUAAUAGUAAUAGUAAUGAUAAUAAUAAUAAUAAUAGUAGUAAUAAUAAUAGUAGUGGUAAUAAUAAUAGUAAUAGUAAUGAUAAUAAUAAUAGUAAUAGUAAUAAUAAUAAUAAUAAUAUAAUACUAAAGGGUAUAAGCAAAAGACCGUUAAUUGGUUUAUUAACCGAUUUUGAGGCUUUUAAAUAUUGUGAAGUUGGAAAUUAUUAUAAAUAUCCAAUAUAUCCUAUAUGGGUAAUUAGUAGUUCCAAUCAUUAUACUGUAUUAUUUUCAUUAAAUAUUAAUAACUCCAAAUGUACAAGUGAGGAGUUAUUUUUAGAGAAAUUAAAUAAAAUAUGGAAGAAAUAUGAUAAAGAAAAUAAUAAAUAUAUAUUGUCUCAUUUUAUUCCUCAAUUUAUUGAAGAUUUAAAUUUGAAGGAUGAAUUCCGAAAUUUAUUUGAUGGAUUUGUAAAUGAUUUGGAUAUUCUGUUAUAUUCAGAAUUUAAAGCCUUUUAUUUACAAAUGAAGCAAAAAGAUAUAAAUGAAUUGAAAUUUUCUGAUCCACCAAAAGAAAAAUAUUUCUACUUAUACGACGCUCAAGAAAUGCCUGAAAAGUCGAUACAUUAUUUUCUUUUGAAGGAAGUAGAUUAUGAUGUUUCCCAUGAUAAUCACUUGAAAUUUUUCAAUACAAGAUGGCCAAAUAAUACAGUGGAGGUAUUAAACAAGUCAAAAAAGGUUUCCAAACAUAGAUAA